AAUGCAGAACUAUUAACAAAAAAGCAAUGUGUUGAAGAAAUGGUCAAACAAUAUGCAACAAAUAUGUUGAUCUUGUUUCAAAGAGUAAUGAAGGUGAAUAAUCAAUAUCCAGAGAUUAUGAAAGUACAAAUAGUUGUGCAAGGCCUCUAUUCCAAUUUGUCUCUGACUCUUAGCCUGUUUAUGCCUAGCACCUUACAAGAG